GGUGUAAAAGAUACCUUUAUUAUCGUGUGUGGCGCGUUGAAAGAUGGCUCAAAAAUGAUGACGAGUAAAUAGAGCAAAAGCGAUUUUAUUGUAGACGAUAAAGCGAUAUAUACGCGCGACUGACGUAGAUAUCUUGCCUAAUAAGCGAGAAAAAAAUUCGUCUGUAGGCUAUUAAUUUAUAUAAUAAUUGUUGUUUUUGUUGGUAUUUUUUUUCUAGUUUUUUUUGGUUCAUUUUUUCUGAUUUUUUUUUUCUAUAUGUUUAGUUUUUGUUUUUAUUAUCUUCGCGGCGUGUGAAGUCUAUCUCUUCUUCUCGAGUUUGAUUAAUCGAUAAGUAUAACGUAAAUAUUUACCUCGAGUCGUGCUAUCUAUAAUUUAAAGUUAACGGAUUUCGUGGCUACUGCGAAUUACGAUUUAAUUAAGAAGUGUUUUCGGUCGUUGUUUUAUAUACAUACGAAUGAUUGUUUGUUUUUUUUUGGAACAAAAUGAUGUGCAAUACCACUUGACUAUGUUGCGUUUUGGUUCGCGUUGUUUUACUUAAUUGACUGUGGUGGAGUUCAUAUAAUUAUAGAGCUACUGUGCAUCGAAGGAGGAGAUACUUAGCUAAGUAUAUUUUUCCAAGGCGGAAAAUCCGGGACGCGAAAAAUCCGUCAAAAUUGAUUUCACCAAGUUUCCACAUUUUGUGCUUCCAAUCACGGCUUCUUGUACGGAUCUGCAGAGCGAGUCUACGGACUCACAGGAUUCGAGUAAAUCCUCGCAAUCUAACAUGAUCACGCCGGUGUUCAAUAAUUUUCUGGAUAUGUCGUCGACGAGUCCGCCGCUGGCGGCGUUACAUUCGAUGACGGAGAUGAAGUCGAAUACCGGAUCCGGUAAUCCGCACGGAAUCGAUCAUAUACUGUCGAGGCCUGCGGCGCUGCAUCGGACUUUUACCUCGAUGACGGCCGCCGGAAUGGCAGCGGCGGCCGGAAUGGCGUCGUAUUUCCAUCACAACGGUACCAAGCAUCCGACCCAUACGUUAGCGGAUUUCACGUCCAGGUCGCCUAUAUACUGGCCUGGAUUACAAGGAUUGGUCAGUAAUCCGAUCGCGUGGCGGGAUCGAUUGGCUAACAUGACCAGCUCGUCAAACGACAAAGACAACAAAAAGAAGCAUACCAGGCCCACGUUCAGCGGCCAACAAAUAUUCGCCUUAGAAAAAACUUUCGAACAAACCAAAUACUUAGCUGGUCCAGAACGAGCAAAAUUAGCAUACGCCUUAGGAAUGUCAGAAUCACAAGUCAAAGUAUGGUUUCAAAACAGAAGAACAAAAUGGAGAAAGAAACACGCCGCCGAAAUGGCCACAGUCAAGAGAAAACAAGAAGAAAUGAAAUCAGAAGAAAGCGACGACGAUGAUAGAGAGUUCAACGCGGCGAAACGAUUUAGAAGAGAAUUAGCAGCUCAUUGCGGUAAUCCACCGCCACCUCAUAUUCAAACAUAGCAUCCGAUUUGGCCGACGUGUGCCACGUUACCAGGAUCACACAUCGGUUUAGAUGCGAAACAAAAUAGAGAUUAGGGUGAUUUUUUUUGUCUUUUUUUUUCCUUUUACUUUUCCGAGUCGCGUGUGUUGUGCUGGUUGUUGUUGUUCCAGGACCAAUACAAGCACACGCGAUAAUUGAUAUUACCAAAGAGAAUGUGUAAAUUAUUAUUUACCAUUUUGUUUACUUAAAUAUAAUUUACGUGUUUUAUUUUUGUAUAUAUUCCUGAUUGAAUUUUUUUUCUCCUCUUUUUUUUUUCAUUUGAAUAUUUCAAAAAAUAUAUAAAAAAUGUAUGUGUAAUAUUAUGUUUGUAUUGUUGUACAUAGUUCGAUUUAUAUGUGAUUACGAUAUCGUGUAAUUGUUUUACAAUUAUUGGAUUUGUUAUACGGAAUCAAUUAUUGGUCGCUUUUUACAUUAUGUAGGUUCCUAAGGUUAUCGUUAUUUUUUAAUUUGUUUAGCCUUGUUUUGUUCUCUCUCCUUUUUUUUUUUUUGGGUUUCUGAAGUCGAUGUGUAAUGGGUCACAAGGCGAGGAAUUUAGGGUAGCGAAAUUUGUCCUGGAGAUGUAGACGUUUUAGAACUCGAAUCUAUUAUUGGCAACGUCGCAUCACUUUCAGAUCAUUUUAAAGCAAGGUCUCCUUUUGACCUAGGUCAGCGUUUCUUUUUUCAAAGAUGUGGGUUAGCAAUUAUUUGUUUAUGGCAUUCAGGAGUAGUACAAACCUAUUUCUUCAAAAAAAAUAUCAUGGUGGGGGGGGGGGGUGUAAAUCAGAUAAAGAGCUUUUAAGAUGAUGGAGUAUCCUGAUGAAAGAUACGGUUUUCAAACGUUCAGUCUUCAGUAUCAGCAUAAAAUAACUUUUGAGAAAGCUUGCUCGUCGAUGAAUAUAUUUUGAUGUGUUUGAAUUAUACGCAUGUCUGACUGAAAGUAUUGGCAACGUCGCUUGACUAUAAAAUAACCUGAUUAAGAGUUUACAUGAUAGUGGGCGUAUCUCAAUGGACUGGAAAAAAUUACUCUCAUGUUCAAAUGUAAUGCUGAAUGUAUCAUUGGCAACGUCGCUUUUCUUCAAUAGUCAGGAAUAUGAGGAUGUGUCCUGACAGAUCAUUGGCCAAUGGCACAAUAUUUUGAUAAUUAUGUAUCGCAUCUGUUUGGGUUUUUGAAUAGGAUUUCUUUAGGUUUUUGCUAAAAGAUGAUGCUUUCAACUUUUUGCUGUUGGGUUUGAAAUUAUUGUAGUUCUUGAAUUUUUCGAACAAAACUUUUUGAUAUUGACUCGCCUUGUACCCUUUUUGUUUAAUGUUCUAGUUCCAGUGGUCUUUAAUAUUCUCAUGCUGCUGUUGCAUUGCUUCGAGUUUUUCAUUUUUGUGAGUGAAGGAGGGGGAGAAGGGGGGUUUAUAUUGACCAAAAAUAUGCGUGUUUUAAAAUCAAAAGAAUUCCAUUCAGAAAUUUCUCCAUUCGUUUUUGAAAAAAAUGUUCAAAAAGUUGGUAUAUAUUUGAAAAGUUUCAAUGUCUCACUUCGUUUUUUAAAAUAAUUUUUGAUAGGCAUAAUAUUAAUAAUUUGCAUUUAUUGGAGUACAAUUCGAAAAAUUGGAAAAAUGUUCAAAAUAUCAUCAAUCUCCCUCCCUCCCCCCUCCAUUUAAAAUAUUCCAUAAGACUGAAAAAGAGAAAAAUUCGUGUGUCAAAUUUUGAUUUCUUCCCCCCCCCCUCCGGAAAAAAACAUUAUGAAAUAUUGGCAGAAUGCCUCACCAAUGAUAGAUUGGAAUGAUUAAGGUAUUUUGGCCCCCCCUCCCCCUCGAAAAAUCCUAAAAUGUUCGAAGAAAUUGACGUGUAAAAUAUCGAACAUAUCCUCUCUCCCCUCCCUCAAUGGGAAGUCGUAAAGUAUUUGAAACAUGUUCUACCAAAAAUCCUGAUAAAAUCUUGCUUUUUCUUGUUGAAACUUUUUUAGAUACCUUCACUAAUUGUACAAAAAGACGUGUUGAACCUCUCCUCCUCCCCUCCUCACUAGAAAAAAAAAUAUUUUGAGUUGUUUGGAACUUGCUUUUUAUUAUUCCAAUAUUCAGUUUAUCGAUAAUAUGUACAUUAAGUAUGUAUUAUUGGCAAAGUUACGUCGGCGUCGCCUUAAAGGACUUGAUAAUAAGUGAGAUUCCAAAUAUGAGAAGCGUCUGCAGCGUUGCCAAAUACCUGUUCUGACAAUCACAACUCUGAAUUGAUUGUUUGAAAACAAAAAUCAAAUUUCUGAAUUUAAAAUUUGUUAUCUGAUUAUGAAUAACUUCCAUGUCCUUAUACCUACUUACGAUAUAUGCUCAUUACACAUCGAUAUACGUACCUACUUGAUUAAAUUUUUCCGGCUGUCGUUUAAAGCAAAUUCAAUAAUUGAAAUAAGUAGUUUCACUUUGAUCUCUUUAAAAUUAGAAUGGAAUAUUAUUAGUACCUACAUACUUACAUGAAUGUCGUUUUGCAUAUAUACUUGAAUAUUUUUUCGUACUUAAUAAACAUGUUCCUGAAUAUUAAACGUUUAUUUUUCUCAAAAUGGGUAGAAAUGGUCAAAGAAUAUAUUUUUUUUUUUUUGAAACAAAAUGACAACAAAUUCAGGUGCCCUUUUAUUUAUACG